CUCUGUGAAUUGGCGAAGAUUGAAAUGUUAAUGUGGAUGCAUAUCGUCUGGCUGGCGCUGUUUGUGCGCGUGCCUGCAUUCCUGUUGGAUCCCCUCACGUGCCUUGUUCCCGCGCCGUGCCGCUGCGCGCCGGAAGAGGUCCGCUGUUCCAAUCUGGGCAUACACACUUCCCCGAACUUUACAGCCGCUCAGAUGUUCGCUUCAUCUGAUGUGAGAAUAUACUUGAACAAUAACUUAAUCACGGACAUUCUGGAUGACUCGUUUUCUUCGCUCGCUACGUCGAAUGCAACGCAUUUUGAGUUUUAUUUAAAUGACAAUCAGAUUAGUAGUAUUGAGGAAAAUGCCUUUUCUGGAAUCGAAAGUGAAGUGCAUACGAUAGAUUUGACUAAUAAUAGCCUUACUUCACUUUCGAGCGUUCUUGGAAAACUAACGAAUCUUCAAACAUUGUUAUUAAAAGACAAUCCAAUUCAAAGCUUGGCAUCUUCAGCCAUAUUCCCAUUAAGCAGAACGGUUAGCGAGCUGUCAUUCAGUUUAGACAAUUUCCAAAACUGGCCAAAUGAACUUCAUUUCUUUCGUAAGUUGUCAAAGCUGUACAUAGAUGGCUGGCAGAAGUCAAGCUUGCCACUGAGCUCCUUCGACGGGGUUGAGGGGACGAUCACGUGGCUAGAGAUCACGCGGUCCCGCCUUGAUCGGAUCCCGGCGGCCGUCUGCCACCUGAACAGCAUCCGCCAUCUGGAAUACGUAUCCAAUUACGACACCAAGGCGCCUAUCUUCGAGCCCUGCAAUCACAACCUCUCAACCGUUCACUACCUAAGCCUGCGAGAUAACAACUUACAAUACUUUCCCGACGUGCUGUCAAGCUUUACCUCCCUUGGAUUCUUGGACGUGAGUGGUAACAACAUCCGUGUGAUAGAAUCAGACAUGAUUCCUGCCGGCUCCCCGCUCACACAUGUCAACCUGUCUGGAAACGCCCUACAGCGGGUUCCUAGCGCCAUCAAUGCAUUGACGAACUUGCGCUCGCUGUUCUUGGACAACAACAGGAUCACGUCCAUAGAGCGGUUUGACCUGCUCAAUCUCUCACUGCUCCGCUCCCUCGACCUCUCCAACAACCCCCUCGAGUACAUCUCGCCCGGAACGUUCUCUAGCCAGACAGACUUCGACGUGCUUAACCUUCAGCACACCAAGCUGGCCACAAUUCCGCCCGCCGUGACGUCACUGUCGUAUAUAAAUAGACUGGAGCUGCAAGGGACGCCAGUCCAGUGCUCGUGUCAAAUGUCUUACCUGCGUGGCUGGGGGCUGAACGCCAGCGCCAUCUUUGGCACGUGUGAAGGCACGGGGGAAGACGUAAAUGACUUCAUCACCAACUUCCUGCCUUACUGUCCGUAAUCGUGCGGAUAUUUGGGCCAUAUUGAUAUUACCCAGACUGCGGCAUAUUUUGAACCGUUCUUACUAACAAGGUGGAAAAACUUAUAAUAUGAAGUUUGUAUUACGGACAUAGACUAUACUAUAUACAUGUUACUAUGAGUGUGUGUAUGUAUACAUGUUUGUAUGAUUGUAUUAAUGUACAAGUCGAAUAAAAAAAGUAUUUAUUGAUUUCAAUAUAUUAUAGUGCUUCUCUAUACAAGAUGAGCACACGAACAUAUGUAAAAAUAUGUCGUUAUACAAUAAUAAUAUGGAUGCUAAUUCAUUAAAUACAAUGGCAUAAAACAUAAAAAUGCAUGUGUAUACAAUAAAUAGA